CGCUACUUUUGGAUAUGGAUGGAUAAAGCUGUGGUAGGCCAGAACGUGUGGCGUUACGGGGUCUUCAACAAUCUUGGCCAAUACAUCCCUAUUACCGAUCAGAUCGCCUCCCAGUGUGGUUUCACAAGUUCCACCGAUCUGUAUGGCAACCCUGAGAUCAGAGUAUCUUUCCUGGCGUGUUCUGUCCAGAAUUUGUUUGACCAGGAAUUCAGUCUGAAGCUUCAGGUGGAAAUAACCAGUCCCGCAAACCUGACUGUGGCUUAUGAUGUGUCCAUGAACUGUCCCCUUGAUGCCCCAUGGAGCCCCAGGGAGAUUGUCUGUGAAGAAAACUAUAUGGAGGUAUCCGUCCGGCGUGCAGUCCCAGGAAUAGCAAGUGAAGCCCUGAAUGAAGACUGGGUUGCUGCGUGGCCGGUGGCCCAAGGGGCUAUGAACCAAGUGUGGCAAGUGGUCUUCCACUUCCAGAACAGCUCCGUGCAGAACAUGAUGGCCACCCAGGCCCAUGCCUUGGGCUAUGGGGUCAACACCACAGCGACCCGCGUGCUCUUCCGCACACCCUACCGCACGCUGCAAACAGAAGUUUCCAUGGUGCAGGGCCUGGAAGUGGAGGUGGCGCGAGCGACUGUCUUCUACAAGCAGGCCUGGAUGAUCCUGAUGGUGGACACGGCGGUUGCUUGUCCCAUCAACCCUCCGGUUUUCACGGCCUCAACACUGAGCUGGGUGACUCCACGGAUCCUGCCCUCCCUGGUAAAGUUCCCAGACCAGUAUCGAGAUGAAGCCAUUGAGAUGGGCCUGGAUGGGCGCGUGAUUGAUGCAGCCACUGUUGUGAGGAAUAGAUACAUCUUCCUGACAGAUGCCAAUUUCAUCAGCAUCUCUGUACCCAUUGGGGCCCCUGGAGGGCUCACAGAGAGUGAUGUGAUUGACAACCACUAUGGCACGACGUACAGCAUUAAGCUGCUGCUGGACCGCAGGUGGCAAGGAGACGCGAGUGACCGGACGCGCCACCGCAGCCUGAAGGCCAUCCGCACGCCCUUUGCCCCUCACACGCCCGUGUUCAUCAACCAUACCAUCCCAGAGAAAGGCUACUUCGACGUCAGCUUGGGCAACUUCCUCCCUGACGUGGCGCUGGUGACCAUUGCUAUCGGUGGCAAGCCCUUGACUCCUGAAGAGCUGCGGGGUCGCGGCUGCAACCUGGCCGAAGUUCCCCAUCCCAACAACACCAGGGCCUUCACUCUGACGGUUCCUUUUGAGGAUCCUCUGGUAGAGCAAGAGUAUCUGUACGACAACAUCCGGAAAUAUACUUUGCCCUUGAUCUACACCCUCAGCCUGGUCCCCAGGAACAAACCUCUGAUCUACCCUGCCGUCAUAGAAUGCGAAGUCCCUGAUGUUGUCCUUCCAACCGUUGAGGGCUUCUGUGAGUCAGGAAGGAUCAGCUUGGCGAUGUCCCAUGGCAGUCUGGAUCGCUACUGGGUCCCGUAUAUCGGGGGUCUGCGGCUGACAGCUGAGCUUGCUGAGUCCCAGAACUAUACAGCACACAGUGAUGGCAGCCGUUUCUACUUAUCCGUCCCUCUCCUGGCAGCUGGCUUGGUGUAUGAGGAUAUCUCCCUUCAAGGACUGACCGCUCGGCUGGACUUCAAUCUGAGGAAUAACAAGACUUUAGCAAUCAUGGUGUCCUUUCCCAUUUCUUGCCAUUUCCCUACUGGGAAACUCGUUGUGUGUUUUCCCAAUGGGACUAUAGCAGCCACAGUUCUCAGUUUGGACACCAAACCUGCUUUGGACCCCAGGAGGACCCACCUACGAGACGAGAGCUGUGGGCCGGUGGCUGCAGAUGAAUCCAGAGCCCUCUUCUCUUUCCCAGUAGCCACCUGUGGCACAACAAAAAGGUUUGAAGGUAAUUACUUGGUGUAUGAGAAUGAAGUGACCUUCAAGAGAGAAAUGAUUCCAGAAGCAAAGCCGGUUAUUACCAGGGACUCCCAAUAUAGGCUGACUCUGCGCUGCCAUUACCCCCUAAACGAGACACUCGGAGUGUGGGCUCAACGACUCCUGGGGGGAGUGGUUACUCCUGUGCCCUAUGCCCUUGGGGCUAUAGACCCUCUUGCAGCUUACCGGCAGGAAAGAUCCAUGGAUGGACACAUCUCCUUCCAGAUGGCGGGUCAUAUUUCGGCAGGAGCAACUGAAACCAUGAGGUUCUGGUUUCCCAUCCUUGGCAUGGCUCUGUUUGGGUUAGCAGUAUUAGUAAACAUAACUGCUUAA